AUGGAUGGCAACAGCAGCAGCGCCAACAGCAGUGGACAGGGCCUUCUUGCUGGCACCGACGCUGUGCGAAAGGACGCGAGCACGGCCGUGGUCCAGGUCCUCGUGUGGCCCUUCAUCUACGUCGACCUCUUCAUGCUCUAUGUCUUCCUGCGCCGGCCCCUCCUGAGGGCCGAGGCUCGCUACGUCCUGUUCGCCCAGACCUUGUUCGCCGACGCCGUCUUCCUCCUGCUGACCGACUUUGUGGUCAUCACUCUGCACGCCGUCCUCCUGCUGCCCGUAGGGUUCUGCGUCCCGCUCGUGAUUUUCAUGGACAGCCUGACGCACGUCUCCCCCACCAUCAUCGUGGCGAUGUGCCUGGAACGCUACGUGGCCAUAUGCAUGCCGCUGCGACACGUCAGCAUCUUCACCCCGAACCGGACCAAGGUCGUCAUCGCCCUUGUCUGGUUCCUGAGCUUUAUCAAAUCGUUUGUUGACUUGGUCAUAUUCCUCUCCUACGCUGCCGGGAGUUACUUCUCCCAGUUGACGCUUUGCUACUAUGAGAUUUUGCUGUUGCAAGACUGGCACAUGGCGAUGCGGGCUAAUUUGUACAUUCUGAAUUAUGCCGUCGUUCUGCUCGUCCUCCUUUUCUGCUACGCUUCCAUCAUGCAUAUUGCACAAAAGGCCUCGGGCGACGACAGAAAAGCCGCAUCGAAGGGCCAGAGGACGCUGUUGCUGCACCUCCUGCAACUCGUCCUGUGCACACUGGAGAUUAUCUGCCCUUUCGUGGAGAACAAGAUCCUGGAAAUGAGAGACAUUGAAGUGUACCUUAUUGUGCGCUACUUCAACUUUCUGGCAUUUUCUGUGCUUUCGAGAGCAACAAGCCCCCUGAUCUAUGGCUUCAGAGAUGAGCGGUUUUAUGCAUCUCUGAAGCAGUAUGCCAAGUGUGGAAUGAAUUCCGUCUCCACAGACAAAUGA